UGUGUUGGGUAAAGAGCAGAAUUCUUUGAACAAUAUUUAAAGGAAAGGAAAUUGUGCAGUUUUCUGUCAUUUUCACAAGUCAGAAACUUGGUCUCCACUUCAAUUUCUCUUCUUCAUCGCUACCAGUUACUGCCAAGGGCAGAUGUAAAUUUGAAGGCUGUAUAUCUUUUGGGAGACUGGUGGAGGUGGGGUGUUGGAAGUGCACUUGGAUACAUCCCUCACUUUACGGUUUUAAGAUUUGGAUCAUUGAUGGACUGCAACAAAGAAGAGGCCUUAAGGGCCAAGGAAAUCGCGGAAAAGAAGAUGGAAAACAGGGAUUUUGCGGGAGCUCGUAAAUUUGCUCUUAAGGCUCAGCGUCUGUAUCCUGUUUUGGAAAAUAUAGCUCAAAUGCUUGUUGUUUGUGAUGUGCACUGCUCUGCUGAGCAGAAAGUAUUUGGUGAUGAGAUCAAUUGGUAUGGAAUUCUUCAGCUAGAACGUACAGCUGGUGAUGCAAUGAUUAAGAAGCAGUUCCGAAAGUUUGCUCUUCAACUUCAUCCUGAUAAAAACAAGUUUGCCGGUGCUGAAGCUGCAUUUAAGCUGAUUGGAGAAGCUCAAAGAGUGCUUUCAGACAGAGAAAAACGAACUAGGUAUGACAUGAAGCUUAAUGUGAACAAAACUGCUAUGCCGCCGCGUUCUAAUCAACCGAAGGUUCCUACGAAUUUCAAUUCUGCAACGAAAAACAAUGUCAGGACCAAUUUUACAAACUCGAACACCCAGCAGCCUCCACAGCAGCAAAAUAAGCAGCCUCCGCAGCAGCAGAACGGUGUGCGCCGUACUUUCUGGACUGCCUGCCCAUUUUGUUCCGUGAAGUAUGAGUACUACAGAGAAAUUUUGAAUAAAUCUCUUCGCUGUCAACAAUGCCAUAGGCUCUUCGUUGCAUAUAUUCUGGAUAUGCAAGGUACAUCACCAACAACUAACCCAAGUCAGCAAGCUUCCAAGGCGAAUGUUGGAUCUCAAGGCAACUCGCAUGCUGAGAAGUCCAAUACAAAGCCGUUCAAGAAAAAAGGCCCUGUUGGUGUCUCUAGAAAGCCAGAUGUGAAGAGAAAGAGGAAUCAAGUGGAAGAAUUUAGUCAAAGCUCUGAUUCUACAAGCAGCAGUGAUUCUGAAGAUGAAACAGUUGCUGGUAAGAAUGGUUUUCCAGGUGUAGGAAACCAUUCAACUGAGCAGCCACGUAGAUCUGUGCGACAGAAGCAUAAUGUUUCCUACAGUGAUAACAUGAAUGGCACUGACAAUGACUUGUUACGACCUUCAAAAAGGGGUCAGGAGAAUGGAUCACAUUGUGGUGAUGGUCGAAGUUACAGGGAGACUGCUAAAACAAAUGAUCAGAAUGGUUUAGCAGCUGAUCCAAAAAAUGAACAUGAAAAGGUAAAACAGAAACAGGAGGAAAAGAUAAGGGCAGGCGGAAAAGAAGCUGCGGAAGGGUCAAAGCAGAUGGAUAAAACUUUUGAGCAUUCUUCUCCAGGUUCAACCUCCAAGACAUCAAAUUGUCCAAAUGCUUAUGUUUAUCCUGAUGCAGAGUUCAGUGAUUUUGACAAGGACAGAAAAAAAGAAUGUUUUGCACCUGGGCAGAUUUGGGCUAUCUAUGAUUCAAUAGAUGGCAUGCCUAGAUUCUACGCGUUAAUUAGAAAAGUGCUCUCUCCUGGAUUUCAGUUGCAGGCAACAUGGCUUGAACCACGUCCAGAUGACAAUGAUGAAAUCAAAUGGGUAGAUGAGGAAUUGCCUGUUGCUUGUGGGAAAUUUAAACUUUGUAACACUGAAAUCAUUGAAGAUCAUCUGACGUUUUCUCAUCUGGUUAUGUUCAAAAGGAAUGGCCGCAAUACUUUUCAAGUGUAUCCUAGAAAAGGAGAAACUUGGGCUCUUUUCAAAAAUUGGGAUAUCACAUGGUACAAGGAUGAGGAAUCUCACAGGCAGUAUGAAUACGAGUUUGUUGAAAUCUUGUCAGAUUAUGUUGAAGGUGAGGGUGUACAUGUUGCAUACUUAGGUAAGUUGAAAGGUUUUGUAAGCAUCUUCAUUCAAAUUAUGAAAGAAGAUAACCAGCCAUUUCAAAUUCCAUCCGCGGAGUUAUUUAGAUUCUCUCACAGGAUUCCAUCUUUCAAAAUGACUGGUCAGGAAGGAGUAGAUGUUCAUUUAGGAUAUUUAGAAUUUGAUCCUGCAUCUUUACCAAUGAAUCUUGAAGAGAUUGCUGUUACUCAAAAUUUGGAUAUGAGGACUGGACAUAGUUCAUGUGGCAGCGAGAAUGCAAGGACUUCAAAAAGAUCAAAACCCUCGAUGUCACCUGAAGAUAUUGUAUCCACUCCCAAGGUCAAAGUUGACACAAGCAAUUUGACUGAUGUAAAGGAUUCUCUUGAUGAUAUGGAUGACUGCCAUGCUUCAGCUUCAACCCCAGAAGCUUUUGAAAUUCCAGAUGCUCAAUUCUUCAACUUUGAAACUGGGAGGUCCCUUGAUAAGUUCCAGGUUGGUCAAAUAUGGGCAUUUUACAGUGAUGAGGAUGGAAUGCCGAAAUACUAUGGUCAGAUUAAAAAAGUUGUCACUAGUCCUACUAUUGAAUUGCAUGUUUAUUGGCUUGCUUGCUGCUGGCUGCCAGAGAAUACCACUAAAUGGGAAGAUGACGGCAUGCUUACUUCCUGUGGCAGAUUUAAAGUCAUCAAAACAAAAGAUUUUCUCUCUAUUUACAGUAACCUGUCUUGUAUUUCACAUCAAGUACAAGCUGAUCCUAUUGGCAAGAAUUACACAAUAUAUCCGAGGAAAGGGGAAGUAUGGGCUCUAUAUAGGAAAUGGUCAAAUAAAAUCAAGUGUUCUGACCUUAAAAAUUGGGACUAUGACAUAGUGGAAGUUCUUGAAGUAGCUGAUUUGUUUAUAGAGACUUCAAUUUUGGAGCAUGUUACUGGUUUUAGUUCUGUUUUCAGGGGAAAGUCAAUAGAAGGUUCUUCAGGCAACUUGAGAAUACCAAAAAAAGAAUUGCUUAGGUUCUCUCACCAAAUUCCAGCUUUCAAACUAACAGAAGAGCAUGGCGAUCUGAGAGGCUUCUGGGAACUUGAUCCGGGUGCGCUACCGCCUUCAUUCCUAUGGCCUUAGAUGAAAGCUUGGUGAGUAAGAAGCUAUGGCGACUGAUAUCCUUUAAAUUUGCUUGACUGAUAAUUUUUUCUUUGGGAGACUUGGCUUUUUGUAAUUACAUGAAACUAGUUUCUGCCUGAUAUGAUAGCCCGGUGUAACAUUUUGGUAUUGUUCCGGCCAGCUCUUGAAGGAAAAAUUGGCAUUGUUGUGCCGGUUCUUGGUUGCAUCCGUGGCUUUGGUUCUAGUUCAUUUGAAUCCCAGUUAUAUUGUGAAUAGUCUAGUAUUGGGCUAUAAACUAAGACAGGAACUGAGAGUUUACAACCAUUAUCUAUUUUAUUAUUUUCUAUGGAAUCUUUCUCUUGCAUGUGUGUAUGACCGUAGACUUGAGUAGCCAUGACGAAGAUAAUCUCUUUUUAUCCCCUCUCA